UUUCAACAUCCGGUAAAGAUGGUGGCGCAGUAACGGAUGAUCAUUUAUUCGGUUUAUAUUUAUUAAACAUUAUUGGAUUUCAACAUUAUACGUAUCCUGAAAAAAAGCGGAAAUGUCGGAUACAGAAGGAAAGGAAGUCUCUGAUAAAGAGAAGGAACAUUCAGAAGAAAAGGAAAUGGACACUGCAAAGUCUCCUAAACCGAGGAAAACCCCUCCAAGCUCUGGAAAAUCCAGUCCUAAGAAGCCUGGCAGUGCCAAAUCUGGGACUAUGACCCCUAAAAGUCCUGCUGGCUCCAGGGGUCGAGCCACUCCAAAAAGCAAGGGGAAGAGAGAGGAGAUCAAAAUGGAGACCCCAGCCCCUGAAGAGGAGGAAGAUGCCACCCUGCCAGACCAUUGUGAACCCAUUUUCCUGUCCUCAAAGACCCAAACCAUCUUUAGUUGUGUAUGUGACUCGGACGUAACCAAGGAAAAUCGGUUCAAGAUAAUACCAAAGGCUGCAAUUCUAGAAGAUCUACACAACCGCGCUGGUGUCUGUGACUUCCAUCCAAUCAAGAAUAAGAUUAUUGAGUAUCCAGGGGAAGAAUUUCUGCUGGUCUAUGACAGAGACUUCAAGUUUGGCCAGAAUUUCUACAUCUGCUUCUCCGAGGAAACAAAAGAAAAGUUGCUCCAUCCCCCCAAGAAGGAGGGAGAGGUGGUUGAGGGAGAGGGCGGGGUGCCAGGGGAGGAGGCAGAGGACACCACGGUGUACAAGUACGUGCCUCCCCAGAGCAAGGAAUGGGUCAGUCACGGCAGCGAGAAAGAGAUCAAGGAGGAGUCGGUCGUGGAAAUGAGGCGUAGGCUGAAGGUGUCAGUGCGCCGUAAGCGGAAGCUGUUUGGUGCCCCAUGCAAGUUCACAGACAGGAAUGUGGGUGACGCAAAAGACGGUUACGUGGAAUGCACCUCAUAUAAGGACAAGACCUUUGACCUACAGAAGAUAGAACUCGACAAGGGCAUUCAGGCUAUCCCAUGGUUCAUGGACUCUGGCACUCAAACAGAGUGGAAGUACCCUCGGAAUGCCAACACGCAGUACUACCCACGAGAGUUCUCGCAACACGAGCAACAAGAGAUCCUGAAGAAGAAACAAACAGGAACAUUCAUGGAUGGAGUUUGCCCCAGGUUCCAGUUGGCGUUGCAGCAGAACGAGAUUAUGGACGUGUUUUUUAACGACUGGCUCAACCUUGGCGAAGCUGACAACACCUUUGGAAGCAAGGCUGAUAAUCAUCUUAAGGAAUACCAAUCCUUCGCAGACCUCCAGUUCUCAAAGGAGAAGAAGAUUACAGACAUCCAGUGGCACCCUACCAUCAAAGGCAUUGUGGCCGUGUCUGUGGCUGAGAAACUGACUUUCGAUGAGAGGAUUGACAACGCCUCAAAAGUCAUCAUGACCCCAUCGCUGAUACUGAUUUGGAGCUUUACUGAUCCCAUAAACCCACAGCUAUUUUUGGAAGCACCAGACGAUAUCCACAGUUUCCAGUUUUGUCCGUCUAACCCAAACAUCAUCGCUGGUGGUUGCCAGAAUGGUCAGUUGGUGUUGUGGGAUAUCUCAGCCCACGCUGACAGGCUAAAACAACCCAGAGGAGGCAACCGGAACAAGAGGGCCACUGUGCUGCCUGGCUUUGAAGACCCCAAUGCCCUGAAGACGCCAAUCGUGCGUUACUGCGCUGUGUCCAGUAUUGAGAACAGUCACCAUGCGCCCAUCACAGACAUCAUGUGGCUACCAGAUCAUGUCGAGAUCAACAGAAUGGGAGUGCCCCAGGAAAACAAGGGUUUUGAGUCCUGCCAGAUAUUCACAUGUGCAACAGACAACUGUAUCCUGGUUUGGGACACAAGACCUACCAAAGGACCACAACAACAACAACAGGGGGCCAAGCCCAAAGACAAGGACGGCACCAAAAACCCCAUAGGCGUCCCUGACACCUUCAAGCACCUGGACCUCACAUGGAAACCCAUGCUGAAGGUCCAUCUCCACAAAUCUGAGCCGGGCGGUGAUCAUGCACCAACAAAGUUCUCAAUAGCAGAGAAGCAGGGGGAUAGAGGGGCAUUAUCCAAGGCGACCGAUGGUGGUGUCCCGGACAAGGAGGCAAGUGUGACUGGCGGAUAUUUCCAGUCCGGGAAACCCGGGUCCGGCCGUGAGAAGAGGACCCUACAAACUGUCAAGACUCAUUUCUUUGUUGGCACCGAGGACGGGGAGGUGGUCUAUGUUGACUGGAUGCCACAGAAGGAUCAGGACACAGGCAAGAUCCAAACGCCAAAACCAGAUUUCUAUCACACCAUGCAUGACGGGCCCAUCAUGACGGUCCAGCGAUCCCCAUUUUUCAUGGAUAUCCUCCUUGUGGUUGGCGGUUGGAACUUCACAAUCUGGAAAGAGGCUGUUGUUAUCGACAAGAAUAACCCAAGCUCUGCUGAAUCGCUGAAAACUUUGAACGUUGCUGAAAACGAUGCAUUGAAGUCAGGACCGAUCCUCCAGUCUGCCCCAAACCCAAUCCGUAUGACUUCCGGGUUUUGGUCCCCCUCCCGUCCGGGAGUGUUCUACAUCUCUAAGGUGGAUGGCAGCGUCGACGUAUGGGACUUACUGGACAAGACCCAUGAACCCUCCAUCACCCAGAGCGUGUCCCCAUCAGCAAUCACAAAGAUUUACCCGCACGCAGUGUCUCACAAGCAGCACCUGUUGGCUGUGGGUGACAGUUCCGGUACCCUGCAUAUCCUGGAGAUACCCUGGAGCCUGCGCCUGCCUGCACCCAAUGAGGUGACUGGGGUAGCCAACUACUUUGAGCGGGAAGUGAAGAGGCGAGGCUUCGUGGUGCAGAGGUGGGACUUCCGAGAGCAUGAGAAGCGAGAACUUGAGGCUGAGGCCAAAAAGAAGGCUGGGAUUGCGCCGAAUGUGCUGCUGACAGACGAGGAGAUUGAGUACCGCUUGAAGCUGGAGUACCAGGCCUAUAUGGAGGCGGAGGGGAACUUCUUGCGAGAGCUUGGGAUCACCAAGGAGGAGGAACCACUGCCCCAGACGUAGACCGGGUGUGUUUUAUAAGUGGUGAAAUUUGAGAGCGAUGAAGGGAGGGCGACGGGGGUUAUUAUGCAUUUUUUUAAUUUUGUAUACUCAUGGCUAAAGUUCUUUCACACAAAUGGACAAGAAUAUGUUUCAGAAUUUUUAGUUCAGUACUUGCUCUGGCAUGGAAAACCUGGAAUUCAUUCUGACGUUUAUCUUCAAGUAUGGUAAAAUGUAUGUAUUUGAGCAGCACUCUGUGAUAACCAGC